CUACCUAAUGGACUCACCCUGGAAGUCCCCAUUACAAUUGACUCAGGGAGCAACGCAGACUUCGUGGGGAUGCAGUUCAUCAAGCAGCAUCGCAUAGCGCUUCUACCAGCCACGCUGCCUCUGAACGUCGUCACCGUAGAUGGCAGGAAGUUACUGGGCGGGCAAGUGGUACAGCAGUCGCCACCCAUGGUGCUGCAGAUCGGGAAUCAUCACGAGGUCAUCAGUUUCAACGUCACCCGCCUGUCAGACACGCCUAUAGUGUUUGGCAUGAGUUGGCUGGAUAGACACAGCCCAUCAUUAGCGUGGUACCAGCGGCAGCUCACCUUUGGCUCGUCCUACUGCGCACAACAUUGCAUCCAGACCGGCCAGGAGGAGGAGGGCCAGGAGGAGGGGCAACAGUUGCAUCUCG